AUGCAAGCAUUCCUACAAAGGACAGGGAUUUACAUAUCUCGUGAGCCGUCAGGACUACUGUUACAAUUCAAGAAAGUGCGGAUGGAGGAUGCUGGACUUUACACCUGUAAAGGAACAAUUAAUGGGGCAACUUCUACCAAAUCAUUUACCUUGGAAAUCAACGAAAAUGUAAAGUUUGUAGACGUUCCUUCAUCCCAAAGGAUUGUAUUAAAUAGAGAGGGAUUUAUCAAGUGUGUUGUUACUGGCAGCCCAAGCCCCAGAGUUACAUGGGACUUCCAGCAGAAAGACAGCAAUACCAUUGUGGGGAUUACUUCAGGUUCCAAGUAUCAAUUUGAGGAGGGUGGGUUGCGCAUUACCAAUGUGACGUCAGUGAAUGAAGAAGGGUUUUAUAACUGCAAGGCUUCCCAGCCAGAACUGGCAGUGCUGGACUCCAGGAGAAUAUCUGUAGAAGUCAUUGUGCCCCCUGUCUGGAAAACCAAGCCCAAGUACACAGAAGGUGUUCUCAUGCAGGAAUACGGGCCUGACUUUGGAAAAACAGUUACAACAGUCUUAGAGGCUUUACUGAUUCCUGUAGUAGAAGUCUUGCAACAGUCCAGCGUCGCCUUAUUGCCUGAUAGUCCGGUAAUAAAGAAGAAUUUAGACAGCAACAUUGUAGUGACAUGUGAAGCACCAGGAGUGACGAGCCAGGAUCAAGUAGAUUUUCAAUGGUACCUUGGAAGUGACAUUAUUCCAGAGAGAGAAAUUACUUCAACUGUUAUACCUUUAGAGACAGGGAUUUACAUAUCUCGUGAGCCGUCAGGACUCCUGUUACAAUUCAAGAAAGUGCGGAUGGAGGAUGCUGGACUUUACACCUGUAAAGGAACAAUUAAUGGGGCAACUUCUACCAAAUCAUUUACCUUGGAAAUCAACGAAAAUGUAAAGUUUGUAGACGUUCCUUCAUCCCAAAGGAUUGUAUUAAACAGAGAGGGAUUUAUCAAGUGUGUUGUUACCGGCAGCCCAAGCCCCAGAGUUACAUGGGACUUCCAGCAGAAAGACAGCAAUACCAUUGUAGGGAUUACUUCAGGUUCCAAGUAUCAAUUUGAAGAGGGUGGGUUGCGCAUUACCAAUGUGACGUCAGUGAAUGAAGAAGGGUUUUAUAACUGCAAGGCUUCCCAGCCAGAACUGGCAGUGCUGGACUCCAGGAGAAUAUCUGUAGAAGUCAUUGUGCCCCCUGUCUGGAAAACCAAGCCCAAGUACACAGAAGGUGUUCUCAUGCAGGAAGUAAAGAUGUUCUGCAAUGCAACUGGAAAGCCCAAACCUUCCUACACGUGGUACAAGGGGUCUUCCCGGGACUCGACCGACUUCCGUGACAUCUCUCAGGAAUCCCGUAUCAGCAUGUACAGAGAGUCCGGAGAGCUUGUGAUCAGGAAUAUCCAGAGGCUGGAUGAAGGGCCUUACACCUGUGAGGCUGUGGUGGAUUUGGGUGACCCAGCCACCCCUGAUGAUGACGUCCUUGUGUCUGGGACGGCUAACCUGAAAGUUGUCAUUCCAGCCAUGAUUGAAAGACUUGAAAACAAGACAGUGAAGAAGGGGGACACGGUAGACCUGUUCUGCUCUGUGAUUGGGGACAGACCUAUGGAUAUCUCCUUCCACAAAGUGGGGAAUGCUGCCCCCUAUGUCUACCCCACCCAAGCAUCUGACUCUCGCAUCACCCUGGAGAAGAGCGAAAGUGGCGAAUACACAAGCCUGAAAAUGACCAUCACUGCCACAAAGGAGGAUGACCGUGGAAACUACACUUGCUUUGCGAAUAAUACGGGAGGAUUUGACAGGAGAAAUGGGACCAUCAUUGUGCACUAUAAACCAACAUUUGUGAAGAUGAAGGUGCCAGAUGUGAAGUAUCACUGGUUGGCCAGCCAGCCCUUCAAGAGGAACCUCACCUGCAUAGUGGAGGCGGAGCCUCUUCCUGGAUCCUGGAUUUGGUUCAGAAACAACCUUCCCAUCACACCCAAUGAGACUUAUGAAAUUCACAACAUGGGGCUUGUUAGUAACCUGUCUGUCACAGUGUUAAGUUCCAACAAGUAUUGGGUAUUUGGCGACUACCGGUGUAAUGCUUCUAAUGAUUACGGCAGGGACUCGCAUGAAAUCAGGCUCAAUGAAGCCACUGUCCCUGGUCCACCUGCGUCCAUUGAUGUACUGGGCAGUACCCCGACUACAGUCCAACUGUCCGUGUCCACCCCUUUGAACCAAGGAGGCCCCCCUGUCAGCGGAUACUUUAUUGUAUUUGGCACCAGUGACGCAGGAGAUGAAAAGACAAGCAACUUUAACCUAGGAGAUGAAAUAGUGAUAAGGGACCUGAGACCUGAUACAGCUUACAACAUCAGGGUAAUGGCCGUCAAUGAAGUAGGACAGGGUGAUCCAAAAGAGAUAGAAUCCCGAACAUUGGAAGUCAGUGUCCCUGAACCAGUCUCCAUCACCUCUCCCAAGAACAGUCCAGAUUCUGACAAAUACACAGUGGCCUGGGACAGGCCUCAGAACGGGGGAUCAGUGAUCGAAAGUUACACCAUCAAGUACAGGACGGUUGAAAUGGAGGAAGGUGCAGGAGAUGUCCCAAAUGUCAAGCCAGACUCUGAGGGAGAAUGGAAGACGGUAGAGGUUCUGAGGCCUGAACGAAGAGUGAUGACCCUUACUCAGCUUAACCCUGACUCUUGGUACGAGGUUCAAGUGUUGGCCAAUAACAACAAGGGGGCUUCUGAAGGACAGUCAGCAUUUUUCAAGACCAUGAAAGACCCCUACCAACCCACGGAUGGUACAGAACAACCCAACACCACGUUAAGUUAUGCUGCUGAGAACACUACGCUGAGCCUGGGUAAUCAGAGCACAGGAAGCACUCCCAGUUACACCACACCAAUACCAAUAGGUACCAAGGGAGCUGCAAAAACUGGUGCUUCAAAGAAAGAAGGCCUCUCAACGGGCGCCAUUAUUGGCAUAGUGAUUGCCAUCUUUUUCGUGCUCCUGAUUAUUCUUGACGUUUCUUGCUACUUCAUAAACAAUUGUGGCGUGCUCAUGUGCAUGUGCACUCAGCUCUGUGGCAAGAAAACACCUGCCGAUCCAGCUAAACAUAAAAAGGCUGCCGAUGUGGAGAAAGGAACUGGUGAUGAGAAACAAAACCUUAAAGAUGACAUGGAGACAGCUGAUCAAGAGGAUAAGAAGCCCGACGCUAGCCCAGAGGAGGUAGAACUCAAAGAGGAGACUCCCAAUGAAAAACCUGCAGAGAAGAUUGAUGAAGAAUCAAAGGCGUAGGAGAAAUAAAUGGAAAUCAAUCAGUUUGUGGCUGAUUGAACUUUGCUGGAAGUGUGUGAUGGGAAAAGAAGAAAAGGAAAAAUGCGUUGCCAUCCUUCCAGAUACUACAAAAAGAAAGAAAAAGAUGAAGGAUCAGAAAUGAUAUAAAUGUUAAUGUCUGGACCAAUUUUUAACUCUUUAUAGAAGAAAUCAAUUUUAACAGAACAAAAACAGUCAAUUUUGAGACUAGGGCUCCCAUCUAAAACUUGGAAUAAUUUUGUUUUGCUGACUGAGGAAGUACUCUUUUAUUAAGAAAACAAGGAAAGAUAUAUCCAAUUUUUCUUUAAAAUAUUGUUAAAAUCUCAAAUAUUUGGUGACAUUCCCAUUUAAGGUGAAACUAUUUUAGAUAAGGCAAUGAUGACAGUUUGUUCUUACUACAUUUCUGUUAAAAUAGACAACACACUCACACAUAGAUUUGAAAGGUGCCUAAAAGGUAAUUUGUGUCAGAACUGAAAAAAAAAAGUAUAUCUUUUGUUGCUUUUAUAAGGGCAUCACAGACUUUAUGGUUUUGAAAUAUUUAAUCACCAUUUUUCAUUUAGCCAAACCAAAGAAGAUUAAAAAUAAAAAACAGGGUAAACACAGUAAAUUGACAUUUUAAGACAUCACUAUCAGAAUAGGAGUUAUCUUAUUCAGGUAUUUACAUUUUAGGGUAAUAAGUGUACCUUUUGAAAUAUAUUCUUUAUUGAGAAUAUGAGAACAUUAGCAUAGAAUUUUGUUGGUAUCAAGUGCUUUAGUUUAGACAGGUAACCACAUAUUCUAAAGAACAUUUGAAAUUUUCCAGUCAUUGGUAAUUAUUGUGAAAAUGGUGAUUUGAGUUGUAGAAUGAACUGAAUUUGGGAGACCAUCAGCUUGAGAAGUGGAUCUGUCCUGUUUUGCUAUGGCUAGAAAACUGUAGGCUUCAGUCAAAACCCAAGCUUUAUGCUAGACAGGCGCAACUUUAAUAUGAAAGUUAUAUGUGCUGACUGUGCUGUUAGCAUUCUAUUUCCUAUGCAGUAUAACGUAUUUUGAAAUAGCUGGAAAGAAUGAUGAUAAUUAACAAACUGCUUGACCUGCUUCUCCAUAUGUAUUUUACAAACUUAUUUUACUCAGUAUAAGCAAAGGCCGCUUAUGUAGUUUUCAUUUCACUGUAACAACUUAUUUGUGUCAAGAAAGUGUUUGACAGUUUGAUAUAAAAUAGCACCAUAUAUGGUCAUUUACUUCUUGACUGGUGUUACUCAUAUGCUUAAGCAUGAAUGUUUUAUACAGCUAUAUUACAUCAAAGUGUACAAUUUUAGUUGAGAUUUACACAUACAGUUUAUGUCAGCUUUUUCAUUGUUGGACAUUAGUGUAAUGACAUUUUAAGUUUUUGUUCACAAGUAUUAGCAUUUUCCCUUACAUAUUUUGACAUCAUUGUCAUAAAUUGGAGCAGUGAAGAUAAAAAUUAUUAGUGUUUUACAAUGACUUUAGUACUUAGUUGAUAACAUUACCUCAGGCAGUGACUAGAGACACGUAGAUUAGUUCCACCUCAAAGCCAAGGUCACAUAGGAUGUCAUAGCACAUUUCCCGUGGUUAAGAUAGGUUGUACUGGUGCAGAUUCAGUUUGGUGCGUAUGUAGUACAAUCACGGUGGCUAGGGAUGAUUGCAAUAUAUCACAAUGCAUUUGCAGCAUGCUGCUAUGCAAUCAACUAUGGCUUACACAUGCUAUGUCCAGUGAUGCAGUAUGAAAUUCACUGGUGAUAUCACACCAUGCAUUAAACUGACUCUGACACAGUCAAUACUCAAAUCAGUUUGAGACAUUAGGAGGGUGGAAGUGACUUAAUUGGGCGUCUCAGGGGCCGCUUUCAUAUAAACGAACUUCAAACGAAAAAAAAAAAAUUAAAAAAUUGGUCUCAAUUCUCCAACCAAAGAUACCAGUCUGUUUUAUCCUAAGUUAAAUGAGAAGAAGCCUAAAAAAAUGAAAUAUUGAGCAAGUUUUUUUUUUUUUUUUUUUUUUUUUUUUUUUUUUUUUUUUUAAGAAAGACGUGGCUAAUGUUUUUUGACCAAUGGUUUCUUAAUUUUGGAAGAAUACUACAGUUUCUUUACCAACUUUCAGGCCUAAGAUUUUUGUGAAACCCAACUUAAAUAUAAACUUUGGUGCAAAUUUGCAAAUGGCCAAUGAACUCCUAACUUUGAAAAGUCACCCCUCUCUUUGUACAUUUUUGAAAUGCGACCUACAUGUAGUAUCUUCCAAUAAUUGUGCUUCUUUCAACUGGUUCUAUGAGAUAAUGUGUAAAUCCUUUCAAUUUGACCAAAGAUUUUUUUUUUUUUUUUUUUUUUAAGAACAAAAUCUUGCAAUGCUCUGACAGUAUAUCUUUGUAAAAACAAAGAUUGGCACAGUAUAUUUUGGUAAUCUAUUCAUUAGUUUAACGAAAUCAGGUUUCAUUGUAUAUAAGGUGACAGUAAUGGAAUUAACAUGGCCUUUGGUGCCACCGUUGUACCAGUAAUUGUACGUACUUUGCGGUCAUUGAUUAUAUGUUAUUGAUGUACAAAGCGUUUGUUGGUUUGAAAGGUUCUUAUUAGAUGUUAUAACAGUAGUGCUUUUGAUCAUGACAUUUUGUUAAAAAUAUUGUAAAUAUUUCUUCCGUGUGUUGCCAAAUAGCAAGGCCAUUGGAGGAUUGGUACUUUCUUUUUAAUCUUAUUGUCAGUAGGUAGGAAGGAGGGAAGAGUUCAGUCCUAAUUUUGUCAUAUUUUGUCAGAACAUCUGUGGUGCAAUUUUUUUUAAAAAACCUACUUGAUGAAUGGUCAUUUUUCUGGCUGCUUUUCUUAUAACCAUCCUGAAAAGUAAAAAAAAUUGAUGACAGAUCUAAUAGAAUCUAAAUCAUACUUUAACCUCCUUUGGUUUCCACAAUUUUGCUUUUGUGUAGGCAGGUGAAAUAAAGAUGAAUAUUGUGAGUGAGUUAUGGUGAACUCUUGGUUUAUCUGUUCUACCAUGAAAAUCUCCUUUGCCUUCAAUUGGUUGGUAAUAAAAGUUUGCCAGUAAGUGAU